AUGGCGGCCUCCUUGUUUCGACUGGGUCCGAUGUGAACGAGUAGGAGAUUCAAUCUAACAUUAUAAAGAUGAAAGUUGUUCCAGAAGUGGUUGCAACUGUCCUCUGAGUUGAUAUAUUCGAACGAAAAUCUGUGUGCGUCCAAGUCGCCCUCGGUGAGGGCUAGUCACCAAAUGAAGGACAACAAGGAGAACUCUUCGCACUCUUCGGGGGCGUUCGCAAUCCUGGAGCACAUCAAGCCAUGCUGGUACUGGGACAAGAAGGACUUGGCCCACACUCCCUCCCAGUCGGAGGGCCUGGACCCGGCCACGGAAGCCCGCUACCGCAGGGAAGGGGCCCGCUUCAUCUUCGACGUGGGCACAAGGCUUGGGCUACACUAUGACACCCUGGCAACAGGCAUCAUAUACUUCCAUCGCUUCUACAUGUUCCACUCUUUCAAGCAGUUUCCCAGAUAUGUGACAGGGGGCUGCUGCCUGUUCUUGGCUGGCAAGGUGGAGGAGACGCCAAAGAAGUGCAAAGACAUCAUAAAAACAGCCCGCAGCCUCCUCAACGAUGUGCAGUUCGCUCAGUUCGGAGAUGAUCCAAAGGAGGAAGUCAUGGUUCUGGAGAGGAUCCUGCUCCAGACUAUUAAGUUCGACUUGCAGGUGGAACACCCGUACCAGUUCCUCCUGCGCUACGCCAAGCAGCUAAAAGGUACGAAAGGUGACAAAAACAAGGUACAGAAGCUGGUUCAGAUGGCGUGGACAUUUGUGAAUGACAGCCUGUGCACCAUGCUGUCUCUUCAAUGGGAGCCAGAGAUUAUCGCAGUGGCCGUCAUGUAUCUGGCGGGUCGCCUGUGCAAGUUCGACAUCCAGGAGUGGACGUCCAAGCAGUCGUCCAGGCGCUGGUGGGAGCAGUUUGUCCAGGAUGUUCCCGUGGAACUACUGGAGGACAUCUGCCAUCAGAUCCUGGACCUGUACUCCCAGGGCAAGCAGCCUAUUCCCCAGCAGCCCCCUGGUGUGGAGGAGAAGAAGGCCCCGACGCCCACCCCUGUGGCACCCCCAAGCCAGCCGCCCCCCUCCAACCCGCCCGCACCACCCCCGCCCAAGAAGGCUUCUCCACAGACCAGCCCCCCACGCCCACAAAAGCGCCCACAUAUAUCCCCUAAAGAAGACUCCAAACCUACAGAGCAAGUUGGCAACAAGAUUCCCCGUCUGGAGUCGCCGAUGCCUCCCCUGCCAACCGCUCAGCCACCCCAGGAGCGCAAGCCCCCGCCCGCGGCCCCUGCCCCGCCUGUGGACGCCGAGCCGGCCGCGGCAGGUGACAGCGCUGACAAGGGUCUGCCCCCUCUCCCCCACGGGGCGCCGCCUCCUCUGCCCCACCGCCCUCCACCCCCGCCCCCCUCCAGCUACAUCAUGGGCAUCCCCACAUCCAGCUCUUACAUGUCUGGAGAGGGCUUCCAGAGCCUCCAGUCCAUGAUGAAGACUGAGGGGCCUUCCUACACCCAACUGCCCCCCACCUACGGACCGCCCAUGGGCUACCACCACGUUUACCCUCCUCCCAACCCCCCUCCAAAGGGCCCGCCCCCACCUUCCUCUUACCCUCCGCCCCCCAAUCUGCCGCCCCCCUCGCCAGCCUACCCUCCGCCGGGGUACAACCACAGCUACCCCCCGCCGCCGCCUCGCAUGCCGCCCUCCCACAGCGUGCCGCCGCCGGGCAUGGGGCUGCCCACUGGGUACCCGCCGCCUCCGCCCGUGCCCCAGACCCAGGUGCCCUUGCCCCCGCCUGGCAUGCCCCCCGUGCCGGGGAUGAACCGGGGAGCCUGGAUGAGAUGAGGGGAGCGAGGGAAGAGAAGAGUGGAAGAGGGACGAGAAGAGAAGAGAAGAAAAGGAGAGAUGUCUCGGCAGAUAGAGCCGCUCUCAAAGGGAUGAGUUGUGUAGUGAAGUGUGGUGCGUGGAUGGGUUGGAUGAGAGCCUGAGAGACUCAAGCACACCUGUGUAAAUACUGUUGAUGAAGAAAAAGAAAAACACAGUGGCUCCGCAACUAAUAGGCUAUAAACAAGAAGCAAACACAUCCAGGGUGGAAGCGACCCCUGCAGAACUUAACCAAACCCCAGCACUGAGACCUCAAGACACACACACACACACACACACACACACACACACACACACACACACACACACACACACACACACACACACACACACACACACACACACACAGAGUAUGGACAGGAUCUGAUAGUCCAAUGGAGCAGCACAACCACAGAGUUUAAUGAUGCUGGAUGCAGGCAUAACUUUUCUCUUUCAUUUUUUUAUAGUUCAUUUUUUUUCCCCAACAUUACUGAUGUGCUGUUUUUUUGUUAUUUUUGUUGUGGUCAUUCCAUGUUUAAGGGACUUGAUUAAUAUCACCUAGAUGUGUGAGGCAUAGGAGGAAUUAUUGCGUUUCAUGUUGCGUUGCUGCAACCACCACAGCUCAAAUCUGUUGUGCAUCAGCUAUUUUUAAUAGUACACUGUAUGUUCAGGGUUCUAAAUUAACACCAGCCAAACGGCCAAAUGCUGUAACUGAAAUUUAAGUUUGGCUGGUAGGAAAGACCAACUUUCAAGCCACUUUGACCCAUUAUUAGUGAGUGUGUGUUUGGCUAGUGAGAUUAACAUCUACUACUAGCCAUUUUGGCUGGUGAUGGAAAAAAGUUAAUUUGGGGCCCUGUGCAUGUUAAUACAAAAAUGGCUUUCCCUCCUCAUCAGUGUUAUGAUUUGACACUGGGUGCGUUCCAAUAUGCAACCUUGCGUCCCUCCACUUGUGCUUGUGGCCUUCUACGAGGAAGUAAUACGUUGUGAUGACAUCACUGACGACAGCAUUAUAUUUCAAUAUCUUGUAAAAGCUCAAUUGGAAAGUCAUUUUCCCAUUUGCAAACUGGAUGGUGAAUGAAGAGUAGUCCCCCCAGAAUUGUUGUGGCUAGGCUGACAGCGGGGAAACUUAAUUGUUUUCUCCGUGGAGGCGUGGCAUCAGCAAAACGUGAGGCCACAAGCACAAGUGGAGGACGCAAGGUCGCUUAUUGGAAUGCACACAUUGUUUCACUCCACUCAUGCUCAUGCAUCCAGGACACUGUGGUGAGAAUGUACUGACGCAAGUGGACCGUUUGUUCUUUGGGGUUUUGGGGGAGCAGUUUGUCAUCAGUUGAAUCACUGCGUAAUACACUGACUCCUGUACAUUUACUUUUCCCCCUGCUCCUUUCUCUUUUGUAAAUUUGAUCUUGGAUGACUUGCCCUUCUUUCUAUUAGUUAGUGGUAUUUUCCAUAUGUGCCUUAGGAAUAGGCUGUAAUGUGAUAGGUAGGGCAGCCAGCAGCAGCAGCAGCAGCAGCAGCAGCAGCAGUACCCACUGAUGAUCUCCCUGCAUACAGGAUUGUCCUGUUUUUAUGUGAUUCUGUGCCACUUGGCAUCAUUAAACAACAACGUUUCUGUUUUUCCUCUG